AUGGCAACGACAGCGGCUGGCUUACGCGGAUUGCGACUAGCACCUUCAUUGACUGCUGCAGCAACUCCAACCCGAUUUUUACAACGACACGCGUUGCUCGCAUGGCAGCAACAACAACGUGGUUAUGUCCGUGAACCCAUGGGCAAACAAAUUCUCAUUCGCGAUCACGGUGUCUUUGCCAACUAUGUGCCACCCGAGAAACCACCAGCCGUGACCGAUUUCGCUCGAUGGCGCUUGACCAAGUGGCGCAACCUUAAGAACAACGUACAAAACUUGCUCAGUGUUGGUUUGAUCAAGUACAAGUCGCAAUACGAAAAGUGGGAUUCACGCAAGUUUUUGGAAGUUGCAGAAGAAACAUACAAAGACAUGAACGAUGCUUUCGCAAGAGGUGAUCGUCAAAUUCUCGAAGAAGUGACCCUGGAUGCUAUGUACUCGACCUUGAAGAACCAGCUUAAGAACCGUGGCAAUGCUCGUUGGGAGUGGAGAUACCAUGGCGAAGUUGAACAGCCAAAGAUUGUCUGUGUACGAUGUGUCGGUACCACCGGUAUCAGCAAGCACGGAUUUGCGGUUGCACAAGCGACUCUACGAAUGUAUACAAAGCAGUCAAUGGCUGUGUAUGACAAGAAGAACCGAUUGAUUGGUGGUGACCCCAACAAGGUCCACAGCGUGCUGGAAUACGUUGUUUUCCAAAAGACCAUCUCGGACCCCGAAGAUAUCUGGCGAGUCUAUGGCAAGGUUGCUGCUCCUGAAAAGGUCCAGCAAUAA